AUGGAAAAGAUGGAUGGAUUAAGGGUGAAGGCCAUCCAAGAAUUGGGAGCUGCCGACCAAGGUGACCGAGUCUACCCGCCUUCAAACUUGCGAAGGAAUGGAAGAAGCAAGACGACGUUGCUCGAGCCUAUUUUGGAGAAGGCAUUCAAGCAAGUGAAGGAGCGGGCAGACAAUAAGAGGAGACCAAUGGAGUUCAAGGACGGGGAUAAAGUGCUUGUCAAGUUAUACUGGCAUGGCAAAGACGACGGACUUCAUUGGAGACUCAGGGGAAAGAGAAAGAGAAUAUUUAGAGUAGCAGUGAUUGGUGGUGGGGUUAGUGGUCUUGUUUCAAGUUAUGUUCUUGCAAAAGCUGGCAUUGAAGUUGUUGUAUAUGAGAAAGAAGAUUGCUUGGGUGGCCAUGCAAAUAAGACUGUUAACUUUAAUGAUAUUGAUAUAGACCUUGGCUUCUUGGCUUUCAAUCCUGCAAGCAGUAUAUCCAAAAAUAUGGAGUUCCUUGAGAGCAUUGGACUAGAAAUGGAGUUAUCAGAUAUGUCAUUCUCAGUAAGUUUAGACUAUGGCAACGACUAUGAAUGGGGUAGCAGGAAAGGCUUGUCAAGUUUGUUUGCUCAAAGAAAGAGUAUUUCCAAUUCUUAUUUUUGGCAAAUAUUUAGAGAUAUCAAUAAAUUCAAGCAUGAUAUCCUCAUUUAUCUUGAGCAGCUUGAGAAUAACUCAGACAUCGAUCAAACUUAAAGAUUAGGGUAGUUUAUUGAUUUAAGGGAUUACUUAGAAAUAUUUCAAAAUGCUUAUUUUGUAAGACAUUUCAGUCCAUCUGUUUUUUUUUUUCAAGAAAUUUUUUUAGCCUUUGAAGAGUAGAUCAUUUUAAGUUUUUGAAUCACCUCAAUUGGACCUCUGUAGCUCUACAUAAGGCCUAAACAUUAAGGUUGACCUAAAUAGAAAUGGACUGCACAACAUCAGAUUUCGA